GUGGAAUGUGGACUGCAAGUGGAAUCCAAUCAGCGCAUGUUGUGUGUACAAAAAGAAACGUCAAAACUGCAGCAAAAAUAAGCGAAAUAAGCCGUAAAAUAAGCCAAGCAACAACAACAUAAACAACUGGAUACCCGCAAAUAGCACAUUUGUUAACCAAAGAGCGGCCCCAAGCGAACCGCUCACCCCCAAAAGAAGCGGCGGCCCAAAAAUCGCCUAGAGCAGAGAAUCCACCAAAAAACCCCGCACACACACACGCACGCACACAUACGCGCGCAGCCAAAGGAGAGCUCUGAAGCUAAAAGCAACCAACGAAUUCCGCCAGAAGAAGCAGCAGCAAUUGGAACGCAGCGGUCCUCCGUCCCAUUGGAGCAGCGGGAUCCACACAGCCAGAGGCAACGCAGCCACGGCGAGAACAACAACCAGCAAGCAGCAGGCAGAUCAGCCCCAGUCACUAGUACCAGGAGACGCAAAAGCCAUUGCCAGGAUGAGCAUGGAGAAAGUAGCCAACAAGCAGUACGAGUCUAAAAUCUGGCCAGAUCUCGUCGACAGCGACGACAGCGAUGUGGAGAACGAGAUAGAUGUGGACAAGCUGCCUCCGCUGGAAGUCGGGCCCGGCGAGAAUCGUCUGCAGCACACAUACUGCCUCUGGUUCUCGCGCAAGGGGACGCAGCGGGCGGCCGCCGACUACAGCAAGUCGCUGCACGUGGUCGGCCGGUGCGCCAGCGUGCAGCAAUGGUGGUCACUCUACUCGCACCUCAUCCGGCCCACCGCCUUAAAGCCCUACCGGGAGCUCAGUCUAUUUAAGCAGGGCAUUAAGCCGAUGUGGGAGGAUCCGGCCAACAGCAAAGGUGGCCAAUGGGUGAUACGGCUGCGCAAGAACAAGAUUGAACGGGCCUGGGAGAAUGUGUGCAUGGCGAUGCUCGGCGAGCAGUUCCUCGUCGGCGACGAAAUAUGUGGGAUCGUUCUGCAGACAAAGUUUCCGGAGGAUAGCUUAUCAGUAUGGAACCGGACUGCCACUGAUAUGACCAGUACAACACGUAUCCGUGAUACGUUACGCAGGAUAUUAAAUAUACCUCUAACAACGGCAAUGGAAUAUAAGAUACACUGUGAUAGCCUUAAAUAUGUUUCAAUUAAUAAAGGCCCCUUGAAAAGCUGAAAUUCAGUGAAUAACUAUAAACAAAAGAAAAACAAAAACAAUAAUUACACAAACAGAUAAUAUAUAAGUCGCUAGAGAAAGCAGAAGAAACAGCCACAAAUUCAUCGACACAACAAAAACAGCCAACAGACAGACAGCAGCAAGCACACGAAGGGAACCAUCCAUCAUCAGGCUCAUGGAACUCGUAACCUUUAACCCGAAUCCAAAAACCUCGAAAACCGCCGCAUACACAACGAGACCCAGGACUUCAUCCACAGCGAAACAAAUUAAUAUUUAAGCGCCAAUAAGACAAAUCUUUGUAUUUUAAUCAGCUUACAAAGUGUGUGUAUAUAUGAAACGCCAUAAAUAUUUUAGUUUGUAUGUAUAAAGUUUACAUUAGGCAUUCCUCCCUAAUUAAAAAGUCAAAUCCCCCCUAACUACUGCCUGUAACAGAUGCCUCUCCAAUCUGGCCGUAUUUAUCUCUCUCUCUUAACUUACUUUAUUUUGUAUUACCCUAUACCUUAAUCUCCCCGAGAAGAAGAUUGGACCAUCUCUCCCGCAGGCGAGACCUUGUAUUGUAGCCUUAUUGAUUAUAGCCAUAGCCGGCCGGCAGCCAACACAACAACACAACAUAAUACACACACACACAAGUUAAUGAAUUAAUGAAACUGACACAUACACUAACUAGCCGAUACUGUAUUUAUCUGUUUGCAAUGAUUAUUUUUUUAAUUAAUGAUAAAACCCUGAAACUGAAUAAUCAAAUUGUUUUUGUUCUUGAAGAAAUACAAAAGUUUUUACGUGAAAAAAAGAGAAAAAACUAAAAACUGAAACUAAAAGCGAAA